AAGCAGAAGCAAAAGCAGAAGCAAAAGCAGGAGGAAGGAGGAAGGAGGAAGGAGAAGCAGAAGGAGGAAGGAGGAAGCAGGAAGGAGAAGCAGAAGCAGAAGAGGAAGCAGGAAGCAGGAAGCAGGAAGGAGGAAGCAGAAGGAGAAGGAGAAGGAGAAGCAGAAGGAAAGGAAGGGAGGAAGGAGGAAGGAAGGAGGAAGGAGGAAGGAGGAAGGAGGAAGGAGGAAGGAGGAAGGAGGAAGGAGGAAGGAGGAAGGAGGAAGGAGGAAGGAGGAAGGAGGAAGGAGGAAGGAGGAAGGAGGAAGGAGGAAGGAAAGGAGGGAAGGAGGAGAAAAAAACAGAGAGAUAA